AUGGCUCAGGACAACGCCGCCUUCUGCGGGGUUCCCGAGGGGGUCCCCACGGGGGUCCCCGCCGAGGCCAAACCCCCUCCCCCACCCCUGCAAGCCCCCAAACGCCGCCCGUGGGGGGCCGGGGGAGGUACGGUGGCCCGGAAGCGCCAGCGCUACGUGGAGAAGGACGGGAAGUGCAACGUCCAGCACGGCAACGUGCGCGAGACCUACCGCUACCUGACCGACAUCUUCACCACCCUGGUGGACCUCAAGUGGCGCUUCAGCCUCCUCAUCUUCAUCCUGGCCUACGCCCUCACCUGGCUCUUCUUUGGCCUCAUCUGGUGGGUCAUCGCCUACAGCCGCGGCGACCUGGAGCACCUGGGCGACCACAGCUGGACGCCGUGCGUCAACAACCUCAACGGCUUCGUGUCCGCCUUUCUCUUCUCCAUCGAGACCGAGACCACCAUCGGCUACGGCCACCGCGUCAUCACGGACACGUGUCCCGAGGGCAUCGUGCUGCUGCUGCUGCAGGCCAUCCUGGGCUCCAUGGUCAACGCCUUCAUGGUGGGCUGCAUGUUCGUCAAGAUCUCGCAGCCCAACAAGCGCGCCGAGACCUUGGUGUUCUCCUCGCACGCCGUGGUCUCGCUGCGCGACGACCGCCUCUGCCUGAUGUUCCGCGUGGGCGACCUGCGCGACUCGCACAUCGUGGAGGCCUCCAUCCGCGCCAAGCUCAUCCAGUCCAAGCAGACGCAGGAGGGCGAGUUCAUCCCGCUGGACCAGACUGACCUGAGCGUGGGCUUUGAGACGGGCGACGAUCGGCUCUUCCUGGUGUCGCCGCUCAUCAUCAGCCAUGAGAUCGAUGAGCGCAGCCCCUUCUGGGACGUGUCGCGGGGGCAGCUGGAGAGGGAUGACUUCGAGAUCGUCGUCAUCCUCGAGGGCAUGGUGGAGGCCACAGGGAUGACGUGCCAGGCUCGCAGCUCGUACCUGGCGGACGAGGUGUUGUGGGGUCACCGCUUCACGCCGCUGCUCAGCCUCGAGGAGGGCUUCUACGAGGUGGACUACGGUGGCUUCCACCACACCGUGCCCGUGCCCACCCCGGCCUGCAGCGCCCGCCAGCUCGCCGCCGCCGCCGCCCGCCGCGAUGCCCACCUCUACUGGUCCAUCCCCAGCCGCCUGGACGAGGCGGCGGCGGCGGGGGAAGAGGGGGACCCCGAAAUGUCCCCCCGCGAAAGCAACGGGACCUUGGCCAGCCCCGAGUCGCGGUGA